GUAUGCGGAGGACAUCUUGGGGCAUUACCCAUAUGGAUUUCUUCGACCCAACCGAUCUACAACAGACCAUAUAUACACUUUGAAGCAGAUUUUGGAGAAGGCUUACGAAUAUGACUUUGGUGUGAACUGCCUGUUCAGCAAUUUCAAAGAGGCUUUCGACGUGGUCGACUCUUUCAGAACCUGUUGUUGCUGGGUAUCUCACAGAAGUUGGUUAAUCUUGUACAAUAAGCAUUGAUGGAAACCAAGGCUGCGGUGGUGGCAGCAAGAAAUUUGACAGAUAUGUUUGAAAUCAAAGACAGUCACACAGGGAGAUUUUCCUGCUUAUUAACUUGAUACUGUACAUGACUGUCUCAGAAAUUAUACCAAAAAUUGUCGCAUACGUGAAUUAUUAAGGAGGCCAAACCCCACCAAGAGUUGUAGAGCCAAAGGAAGACGAAGAAUAAAAAAACGUUUAAGGUUGGAUUAAAAAACCAAAUUUGAAGUUGCUAUGAUGAACGAUUCAUUUCAUAUACAUUUUUAAAGUUUACCUGUUCAAUUUUGCAUUUAUUAAAAGUGAGGUUAUAAAGAAUCGUUUGAGGUUAGUUUAUACCCAUAUUAAAGUUUAGUUUCCAUGGCAUAAACAUUACUUAUCAUACGAUGACAUACUUCAUCACACCGAUUUAAAAAAAUGACGUUUCUAAUCAAACAUUUGUUAACGAUUAAUUUAGUUAUAACCAACUUUUGUGGGAUAAUAGCAAACGAUGAUCUUGAGUUGCUGAUUUUGCAUACAGGAUGUAUACACGCAAGAUACGAAGAGACGUUUGAGCCGAGAACUGGAAAAUAUUACGGUGGAGUAGACAGACUGUCUUAUAUGGUUAAAAAGGCAAGGGAACAGCGUGAAGCUGGUGAAGGGCCGGCUGUGUUAUAUGUCGAUAGCGGCGAUAUCUUUAGCGGUAGCAUUUGGUUUUUUGUUCAUUCUUAUCGAGGUGCAGCAAAAAUUUUCAAUGAAAUACAACCUGAUGCUGUUAAUGUUGGUGUUCAUGAAUUUGAUGCGAAAAUGGAAGGCUUAACUAAAUUUUCAGAACUCAUUAAUUUUCCAAUAAUCAGCACUAACAUUAAUUUCCAUAAUGAAACUGAACUAGAAAAAAAAAUUAAACCAGCUAUUAUUAAAGUCAUAGAUGGUGUUAAAGUGGCAAUUCUUGGUUAUAUUAUCCCUGAAUGGAUUCUUUAUGCAGAAAAAGGUGGCAUAGAAUUUCUCGAUGUCAUACCGCUACUGAAUAAAGAAUGUCGUCGAUUAAGAUUCGAAGAAGACGUAAAAGUGAUCAUCGCUUUAAGUCAAGGUACAAUCGAUACCGACAGAUUGAUAGCUCAUGGAGUCGAUUAUAUCAAUGUGAUUAUCGGUACUGGUUCAGCUGCAUUUCUAUGGAACGGUGUACCACCGGAUUUAGAAACUCCUGUUGAUUCAUACCCAGUAAAAGUGACAAGAAGAGAUGGUUCUUUAGUAUUAAUUGUCCAUGCGUAUCAAUACUUAAAAUACAUGGGGAAACUGCAGGUACGGUUUACAAAAGAUGGUAAGAUUAGAGCUUUUUUUGGAACUCCAAUAUUAAUGGAUUCAAGUAUUUCGCAAGAUCCAAAAAUGACCAAAUUGAUUGAGGAACUUAGACAUGAUGUUAUAUCUUAUGAUCAAAAGGUUUUAACGACUUGUAGCGUUCUUUUGGAAGGGUCAAGUUGCAAUCAUCAAGAAUGCAAUUUCGGAAACUUAGUUAUGGAUGCCAUCGUUGAAUACAGAGCCAGUCAAUAUCAAGGUCCUGGAUGGACGGAUGCCGCCGUUGCAUUAAUGAACAGCGGUUCCAUAACCACAGACAUUAACAGCCCACAACAUGAAGACCAAAUCUUUUACGGCGACAUAAUAAGAGCCCUACCAUAUUCCGAAAUGCUUUACAUGGUUGAAAUUAAGGGAUCCGAUCUUUUAUUUAUCUUAGAAAUAAGCACAGUUGGUUUAGAACCAACAAAUACGGCGCAAUUUCUUUUAACAGCUGGUUUAAAAGUUAUGUUUGAUUUUAACAGUCGUUUUGGAAAAAGGGUUAAAUUGAUUAAAGUGAGAUGUGCUGAAUGCGACGUCCCGGAAUAUUUUCCAUUAGAUCUGAAGAAACGAUACAAAGUGAUCAUUACUAAUUAUUUGCUGAGGGGAAGAAGUGGAUACACGAUUAUCCGCGAUGUCGUUUGGAACCCGAUUUCGAUUGGUGAAAGAGAUACCAACGUUAUUAUUAAAUACCUUGAAAAAGUUAAAUAUGUUAUUCCGGAAGUUGGAGGGAGAUUGAUACCCUACGAUAAACGCUUUAACGGAAAUAGACAACAUUCGUUUGGUUCUCGUUUUAAUUUUGAUUGUUAUUGUUUUCUUUUAAUGUUAUCGAGCUUUGUAACGUUAAUAACAAAAUAACUUUGGAAUGGACAUUUCCAAAAAAAAAUCAGUUCGGACAUACUUAAAUGGUGAGAUGGUGCUAGCUGUGUAUUUAUUGUUUAUUUCUGUGGAUCCUUUACUCAAACAUGUAGAAAUUUCUUUCAAAAUAGAAAAGCUAUGAUUUUUU